GUAGCAAUCGAGGAGUCGUCGUUAACUGAGCCAGCCAUUGGACAGCACGCGAUUGACGAACAACCUCCGCCUCUGACAUUUCACAUCGUGGAAGGACCAUCUAAGCGGGGCCAGCAGAAAUUGAUCGACAGCCACGGCCACUCCUACUGUGUUAAACGCCGAUGAAAUGAAAUAGUGUUCUGGCACUGCAACCUCCGCGGAAAAUCAAACCACUGCCCAGCCUCAGUCAUCCAGCACGGUCGAGAGGACUUUAAAGUUGGAGUCGGCCACAACCACCCUGGAGAAGUUGGACUUCCAGAAACUGGGAAAUUGACUGCAGCCAUUAAGCGAAAAGCUACAGACGACUUGCUCCGGCCCGCAUCAGCGAUAGUAGACAAAGUUUUGUUGGAAGAUAUGGGGAUUACCGCUGCCUUGCCGACACUGCCAAAGCUUGAAACGUUAGCCGGAGCAGCCAACCAUUGCAGACAGGCGAGACGUCCACCAGAACGAACUGACCUUGAAUUUGUAAUCGACGAGUCCAGCAUACCAGAACAUUUCCUCCGUGAGUAGUGGAGGAGGGAUGUUUUACGCCGGUUCUUUGCGGGGGAAUUCCAUUAACUUUCGGGGGAAUACAUUAACGCCGGUGACGUCAUACAUAUCAUUAAGAUAGGAUGAUGUCAUGGUUUAAAUUAAUGACCAUGACGUCAUGCAUCCAUUAACAUAGGAUGAUGUCAUAGUCUAUUUUCAGCUGGCAAGGUGCAAGUGACGUCAGAAUACCCUAGGGGUUGACGUCAUCAAAAAUGUUGACAUCAUAAUCUAUAAAUAGAAUAGUGAUAUCAUGUCCCUACUUGGUCAUGAUGAUGUCAUAUUUUUUCCAGGUAAGAUGAUGUCAGAGUUUAUUUUUUACCUGCCAGUUUUUUCUAUUGUUUCAAAACACAUAAAAUGGUCAUUCCUUACCAAGCAAAUCGUUUACGAAUUGUGAGAAGAAGUCAUGAAUUUCAAUCAGUUAACCACUUUCGAUUUGGACGUUCCCCUGGAAAUCUUUGAACCAUGGGAUGAUUGGGAAAAUGAGUUUGAAAAAUUACCACAGGUAAGUGCUCUCUCUUUCUCUGUAUUUUGAAUGCACGUUCUCUCUCUGGUCGAGUAUUGUUUCCAACUUAACCAAGUUUUACUAUUUUAGGUUGCUGGACGGCCUCACUUGAACCAAAUACAGAGUGGAGCUGGCAGGAAACGACUAGCAGAGGUAUGUUUUACAAUACUAAUUAAGGUACCUUUAGGUUGUUCGACAUACUUUAUUUAUAACCACGAAUAGUUCAGGAGUCGUAGCUCGUUAAAUCUCUCUCGUGAACUGAAAUAGUCCAAAACUACAAAUAGAUAAAAUCACAAAAAUUAAGAACUUAUAAAAGUAAAACAUGGAAUACAUAAAUUUAGCAGUGGUUAAAUGGUAUUUACAUAUUAACAAUUAUAUUGAGAAGAAACAGCUUCUACAAAAGUUAUCUUACGAUUGAUUCGAUUUAGAUAAUAUGAUAAAUGAAGCCAGUUCUUAGGUUUGACGGACUUAAAUUAUUGUUUUACAAAAACAACUUAUGGCAUAAAUAAAAGAAUGAUAAAACCAUGCAGAUGAAAGGCUUUGUUCAAUUGUUGACGUAAUUUUGAGGCAAGACCGCGCAAAUAAUACUUGUCGCACGGUAUCUCUAAAACGGAUUGUAAAUCCGUCGUUAAUACACCUUAUAAUUUUACAGGAUGAAGAAGAUAUUUCUUCCACCAAAAGGUCUCGCCAUGUAUGUGAAAUCUGUGGAAAAGUCUUCAAUCGACCAGAUAAAUUAAAGCGCCACGAAAAAACACAUACCAACGAGAAAACACAUCAGUGUAAUAAGUGCGACAAGUCGUUCCAUCGCAAUUGGGAUCUGAAACGCCACGAGAAACAAGUCCACGAGAGACGAACGGCUCAGCGGGAAUAUCAGUGUUCAACCUGUGGAGAGACAUUUCAAAAUCUGGCCCCAUUUAUAGCACAUCAGAAAACAGCUCACAGCAAACCCUCUACGACUGCAAAACGUCCACGCCAAGACGACUCAGGUAGGAAGACUCUUUUGCAAUACCAAAAUAACAUUUUGUAUAAAUUAAAUGAUAAGUACUAUGUAAAUUUCCUUCGCAACGCAUAAUAGAUAGUAGGAUGUGUUGAAAAAGCGCUUUAUCGGCCUUUGUUUACAGUACCUUUUACACAAUACCUUGCGGAAUAUAAUGGAGGUUAUACAUUGUUGAACACUUCUUUUGUCCUUAUAACCGUACUUAUUAAAGGCUUAAAAUGAGGGCCAUUUUAACCAGGAAUCAUCGUGUGGCCUGCAUCGAGAUCACUCUCCUUUAUUGCCAAUGUUGUUUUGGAAGACUAUGUCUACUCUUAGGUGUGAUUUUGGCAUGUUAAGCUGAAUCUUACCACCCAAAAACUGCCUAAUCUGACGUUUUCAAAAUAUAUUACAAAGGCCUAGACCGGGAGUCAAAUGAGAGGUUUUAUUAAAAAAUAAUAAUAAUAAUGAAUCAAUUGAGUAUACACUUUUCGUUGUAAUUUAGCAGCCUUUGUUUUUCGAGAAAAAAUAAAACUGCGACUUCAAGAAAUGUCAGAGGUAACUUCAGAAAACUGUUAUUUACAAUUAUCUUUAAUUUUUCAUAUAUUUCGUGUGAGUGUCACCAUUUUGUUUUGUAAGCGUGGGGAUAACGCGAGCUGAAUUUUCCGUAAUUUUUUGGUGGUGGCAAGUUCACAACCAAUGGAAUAUAAGGUAACUUUUUUUUUUGACCACAUUGGAGAUAUUCUAUUUAGAUAGAUGUAUACCUUUUUUUUUCUUUCAGAACGAAAAACCAAGAAAAUAAAGUCGACCCCUAUCGAGAAAAGGCAGUCAACUCCAAGUUCUAGUUGGCAGCAAGAUACAAGAGCUAUCACCGACCUCCCUGAAGCACAACAAAGUCUCGUUCCCGAAUACCGCAACCACUGGCAUCAAAUACGCACUCGUUUUAGCCGCAAAAAUCGCCUUUUGGACUGGUACAAUUUCCGCCUGUCCUCUCUCCAACCUCAAGAACUUAUCACUCAUUUGAAUGAAAUUUUUACUGACCAGUCCACGGUGUUUAAGCUGAAUGUGUCUUUUGGUUUCAUUCUACGCAACAACGAGACUGGAGCACUUCAAUAUUAUUAUGCCUCCAGAAAAAAUGAGCAAGUCUUUGAAGCGCCUUUUCAAAUUAACACCGCAGCUGACCUUCAGCAAGUCCGUGAAGCAUUGUUAAACCUUGACGUCUUGGAAUGGGUACGCCAGCGACGCCCCAACUCCAAAUGGGUCGUAGAACAGGUGACCAAUGUAACCUUUUUCGUCACCAAGCUACGGGGUCAUCCUAUAGGGAGAGGUACUUACUUACCUUCCUAUCUGGCCGAGAACCAUGGUUUGGUCGCCUUGGAUCGCAACCGUAAUAAUGGAAAAGUCUACAGCGACAAUUUGUGCUUUUUUCGGGCUUUGGCACUCCACAAUGGUUGUCACCAAAAGAAUCUAGAGCGGGAUGCACAACAUUACUAUGAGCGGUAUAGGGAAUUUUUUCCUGAGAAAAAGAAAUUUUUUGGUGUAAAGCUGAAAGAACUGAUCGACCUAGAACACCUCUACGAAGUCAACAUUUUUGUCUAUUCCCUUGAACCCACUAAACCCGAUGGAGAGGAGGGAGAAGAAGACAUAGAAAAAGAGGAAGAGGAUUUCGCUCCUGAGAUCGCUGCGCAAUUGAUUUACCGCUCCCUUUGUCACUACCCAAGUACGCUGCACCUCAACCUGUACCAGAAUCACUUUUCCUAUAUUAAAGAUUUAAAGAAGUAUGCCAAGUCCUACAGCUGCUCGCGAUGUGGAACUUUGUGGAAAGAUGGGUUUAAGUUAAAUCGUCACGAGCGAACCUGUGAAGCGAAAGUUAGUUACCAGUUUCCAGGAGGUGCUUAUAAGACCCCACCAACCAUCUUUCAGUUACUUGAAGACGAAGGGUUGACUGUUCCUGAGCAUCUCAAGUUCUUCCCCUACAGAGCUACCUUUGACUUUGAGUGUAUGUUUACACCUGAGACAGACCUUAAUGAUACAGAGAAACUGACAUGGGACGCUAAACAUAUACCCCUCAGCGUGAGUGUCUGUUCCAACGUUCCAGACUACGACCAACCCAAGUGCUUUGUGUCAGAUGGGAACUCUAAACAGCUCGUCAAAGAGAUGUUAGAACACCUCGUAAAAAUAAGUGAAAAGAGUUAUGACCUGUUAAGAAAAGAGUUUAACUUUCUUUUUUGAAGCCAUCGACCAAAAGCUGCAAGACCUACAGCAAAAAUCAAAAGCUGGUGACCCUUCAAAAACUAACACAAUAGAAAACCUCACCCAGGAAGAUAGCGAUGAUGAAGGAGAAGAUCUCAUGGACACAGAUAAUGAAGAGGAAGAAGAAAUGGAGUCUGAAACCGAAGAAGAUCGUGUCUUUAUUGACGAUGACGUAGAAAAACAAGGUGCCUCGUUUUACAGGGCCUUAGAUCGCGAACACGAGGAUCAGAGUGAGAAUGAUCACGAGUGUGAAUAUGACAGACCCGAGGACAACAGCCCAGAACCUGAGAAGAAAAAAGUGCAUCCUUUAAAGAAACUGAGAGAUCGUUUCCAAGAAUAUCUACAAGAACUUCCUGUCCUGGGCUUCAAUUCUGGCAAAUAUGACUUGAAUGCCGUCAAAGAAUUUCUGUUUCCUGUCCUGGUCCAGAAUGAAGGCGUUCAGUUUACUAUCAAGCGUAACCACAAUUUCAUGUGCCUAAAGACCCCACAUCUUCGCUUCCUCGACGUCACCAACUUUCUUGCUCCCGGUUUCAGCUACGACAAGUUUCUGAAGGCCUACGAGUGUCCUCAAACCAAGGGGUUCUUUCCUUAUCAAUGGCUGGAUUCUCUUGAGAAAUUAGAACACCCCUCCCUUCCACCUCACGAAGCGUUCUUUUCUACGUUAAAAAACAAGAACAUUUCUGACUAAGACUACCAGUACUGCCAACACGUCUGGUCGAACAAUAAUAUGCAGACCUUUCGAGAAUUUCUCAUCUGGUACAACAACCUAGAUGUCCAACCCUUUUGUGAGGCCCUGGAAAAAAUGUGCGCCUUCUGGAAAGAUAAAAAGAUCGACAUGUUAAGACAAGGUAUUUCUAUUCCCGGUGUUACCUUGACGUACCUCUUUACCACCCUGGAAUCUGGCAUCUUCUUCUCUCUGUUUGACGAAAAAAACAAAGAUCUGUACUAUCUCUUUAAGAAAAUUAUGGUGGGUGGCCCUAGUAUAAUAUUUCAUCGAUAUCACGAGGCGGGAAAAACCAAAAUCAGAGAAAAAGAAGUGGAGGAUCAAGGAAAACAAGCAAAAACCUGUCAAAAGAUUGUUGGAUACGAUGCCAAUGCUUUAUAUCUAUGGGCCAUCAUGCAAGACAUGCCCACCGGAUCAUUUACAAGACGCCGAGAGGAAACUGGCUUCAAGAGAGAAAGUUCUUCCAGGAUGGCAACCGAGUGGUUAGAGUGGAAGGCACAUGACGGAGGAAUUUUUAUACGCCACCAAAUGAACAAUACAGAAAAACGCAUUGGUGAAAGAAAAAUACCAGUGGAUGGUUUUCACGGUCCUUCUCAAACAGUCUUUCAGUUCCACGGCUGCUGGUGGCAUGGGCAUAUCUGUCAUCUUACUAAAGGAAAAGAAAUGAACGAAAAGAGAAAAAGACCAAUGGCGGAGUUACGAGAAGAAACCAAAGAAACCUCCAAGUACAUCAAGGAUCAGGGGUACCAUCUUGUGGAAAUCUACGAGUGCCAGUGGCGUCGAAUUAAGAAAACCAACUCACAAGUUCAGCAGUUUCUUAACUCCAAGUUUAACCGCCCUCUUGAUCAUCACAAGACUCUGACACAAGACCAGAUCUUAAGCGCAAUAAGAAGCGAGUCCCUCUUUGGAGUGGUCGAGUGUGAUGUUCGAGUACCUGAUGCACUAAAACCCAAGUUUGCAGAAAUGUGCCCCAUUUUUAAAAACAUAGAAAUUUCAAGAGAAGAUAUUGGUCAACACAUGCAAACCUUUGCUGAGGAAGAGAACAUCAUGUCACAACCUCGAAGAAGUCUCGUUGGUAGCUAUUUUGGUGAGAAGAUCUUAUUGGCUUCCCCACUCAUUAAGUGGUACUCGGAGCAUGGUCUGGAAGUGACUCAUAUUUAUCAAGUAGUAGAGUACACACCCGUUCCCUGUUUCCAACCCUUUGGGCAAGCUGUAUCGGAUGCUAGACGGGCUGGAGAUGUAGACCCAAACAAAGCCAUCAUCGCAGACACUAUGAAAUUGGUAAGUUGUUUUCCUAUUGAAGUAAAGAAGGAGGAAAUACGUUUAAAGGUACAAAAAAAAAAAACCUCAUAUCAAUGUUGUCUCUCUCUCUCUCUCUCUUUUUUUUUUUUUAUAGGUGGGGAACUCGAGUUAUGGAAAGACGAUCACAGAUCAAGAACGCCAUCGAGAAGUCCAGUUUUGUGAAGAAACCAAAGCGUCCCGCUUAAUAAACAAACCCUUCUUUAGACAGAUUGAACUGAUUGAUAAAAAUACGUUUGAAGUGCAAUCUUGCAAGAAAAAAAUCAAGUUGAACCUUCCCAUGCAGAUAGGUUUUUUCGUUUAUCAAUACGCUAAACUUAGAAUGCUUCAGUUUUAUUUUGAUUUCAUGGAUAAGUAUCUUGAUCGUACUGAUUUUCAGUAUUGUGAAAUGGACACCGACUCUGCCUAUAUCGCGAUCGCAGGGCAAUCGGUAGAAAGUUUAGUAAAACCAGAGUUAAGAGGAGAAUUUGAAGCAGACAAGGCGAAUUGGUUUCCACGAACCGACACUCCAGAACACAAAGCUUAUGACAAAAGAACACCAGGUUUAUUUAAGGAAGAGUGGACAGGGGCAGGAAUAAUUGGUCUAAGUAGCAAGACCUACUAUUGCUUUGGGGCCUAUGAUAAGUUCAGUUGUAAAGGGGUUAACAAGAAAACAAACGACAUUAACAAAGAAAAAUAUCUUAAUGUUCUGUUGACCAAACAGAGUAGUGCAGGAUUAAAUAAAGGUUUUCGGGUAGUCAACAAUAGCAUGUAUACUUAUGAACAAGUUCGAGAUGGGUUUUCCUACUUUUACCCCAAAAGAAAAGUGUUGGAGGAUGGAGUUACCACUAUGCCUCUAGAUAUAUAAAAAUGUGUUGUAAAUUGAUUGCUGUAUUAAAAGAAAAUGAGUAUCAAAAAUUGUAGCGUGUGUGAUUCAUAAAUAAAGCGAUUUAUAAAAAAAGAAAAAAGCGUUUCUUGUAAUUCUCUGACUUAAGGCGCGAGUGUGUUCCCACGCACAACUUCCCCACGCGACCUUCUCGCGUGUUCCUGAGAAAAAAAACCACUUAAUUUCUGCCCUUUAUGCCCGUUGUGCCCUCGAAAAUAAACGAUAAAUUUCGUGUCGCAAAAUAGAUUUGUUCAGUUUUAAGUCUGCUUUCAUACCGUUAACAUGAAAAAACUAAAAUGCAAGCAUUGUCCUGUUCCCGGCUGUGGGUCAAAAUUUUUAGUUCGAUUAGCAAACCAUUUGGCUCAGGUACACGAGCUGUCUAACUUAGAGAGAAAAUAUUGGCUCCAGUUUGCUAAAUUACAAAAUACCAACAUGAUUCGUGUAUAUGAUAAAGAUACUCCACCAAAGACCAUUUCUCCAUAAAUAAGAGCAAACGCAGUUGAACCAGUCAGUUGUCAACAUGGACCCAAGGUGGAAACACCCCUUUCCUGCUAUUGUAGCUGGCCCCACUUGUUGUGGAAAAAGUCAGUUUGUCAAACACCUGUUGGAAUCUGGAGAAGAAUUAAUAGACGGAGCUCCUGAAAAUAUCAUUUGGUGUUAUGGGAUAUACCAACCGGCUUACGAUGAGAUGCUAAGGACUAUUCCCAACAUCACGUUCGUCGAAGGAGUUCCUGGUGAUUUAGAAUCCAUGAUAAACCCAACCAUUCGGAAUUUAGUGGUCAUUGACGAUUUAAUGCAGGAGCUUAGCAAUGAUCAAAGAAUUACCAAUUUGUUUACUAAGGGCUGUCAUCACCGAAAUUUAAGCGUUAUUUUCAUUCUUCAAAAUAUUUUUCACCGGGGAAAAGAACUGAGAGACAUGAGUUUGAAUUGCCAUUAUUUGGUGAUGUUCAAGUCUCCGCGGGAUAGCAGUCAAGUCAGUCACUUGCGAAACAGAUGUUUCCCGGUCAUGUCAAAUACAUGCAAGAAGCGUUUCAGGAUGCGACAAAACGCCCUUAUGGCUACCUGUUAUGCGACCUCAAACCGGAAACGCCUACCGACUUCCGAUUGCGCACAAGCAUUUUCCCUGGAGAGACUCAGCUCGCCUAUGUCAGAAAGGUAUAAAAAAGCUCCAUCGUAGUGAUUGAUAUCAGUUGAGUAUGGCCCAGCGACUAAGAAAGAACCACGAUUUUCUUAAGCUCCUCGUCAAGUGUACCCCAGCUCAACGUAAAGCAAUUUUGAAAGCAGCCGACGACGCUUUAGUAAGAACCAUUUGUGAGUGUGUAUUCAACGUACUUAAAGAAACAGUCCCUGUCAGUAAACCGGCAAAGAAAAAACUUCUUAAGCACAAGAAAGCCUUGACUGCUUUAGCUGAAAAGAGUACCCCGCUAAACAAGAAAAAGCAAAUCUUGGUACAACACGGAGGAAACUUUUUAAGUGUUUUGCUACCUCCCGUUCUUCGGGUGUUGAGCUCGCUUCUUACUUAAGAUGAAUCAUACAAGACGCAUGGUUCUCGUUCCUGAGAACACUCUGGAGCGAUUGCAGCAACGUCAGCAGAUAUUAACCCCACCUGUAACACAAACUCUGAAAAAUCUGGAUAGCCAAAUGGGGGAUAUUUUAGAAAAUAAACAGCUUGAUGAUGAGGAAAAGGCGAAGCUUUACAAUCAGGUGUUGCAACGGUACUUGACUUAUUACGAUCAGCGGAAAGACCAGCCUCUCCAUGUGAAGUUAAUGACCCUUAAAACAACAGAAACCUCCAAACCAGUUGAGAACGCAGACUCUACAGAGGAAGCUUCUCCAGAUAAUUCUCUUCCAACAGCAGUAGAGCUAGAGGUCCUGCGAAGUGUACCGAAAAUGUACAAAGCUGGGGCUAGACAGCUGUUGGAUAAAAUUAAAAAACACCAGGAUGUGUUACAUUGGAAUGAUAAAGGAGAGCUGUUGUAUGAAAACAAACCAAUCCCAGGUUCUCACGUGGUCGACCUAGUCAACGACACAUUGCGUCACCGAAAAGGAUUUGAACCAGUGGGGUGGUCCGUGUUUGCGAGGGGCCUAGCCCGAGUGAAUGUCCCCGAAAACUUGGUUCGUAAUCCCCAACGUCAGAGUGCCAUAAGAGAGUUUAAAGCAAGAGUGAGAGAGGAGACCCCAGAAAGUCCUUCGCGUUGGCUACCCACCCCACCUGUGACGUUAUCUUCUGUCAAAAAGCAGAGGCGCAGAGUCGAGAGUCCUCGCCCUCAGGCUGUUCGAUGGUUACGAUUAUAAAUCAUGACAAGAGACUUUUUUUUUUAUUGUGAAACACAAAUCUUUAUUUUGCUCAUUCAAUAAAAUGUGUUGAAAAGAAAUUACAUAGUGUCUGUUUACUGAACUUAGUGUUGUGCUUUUGCUUUUUGCAUGUUUACAUCAGUACGAUAUUUCGGAAAACUUAUAGGAAAAUGUUUUUCAAUAAAUCGUUUUACAAGACUAUCAUUUUUACUUGUGUCUUUAGAAAAACGAUGGACAAUAGUACUCAUACUUAUUUGCCGACUACGAUAUAAAGCAAAAUACAAACAGUAAUGUCCGCAGACUUUUGAAUAGAUGCUUUGUAAUGUCACAGUAUUAAAAGUCCACUGGUUAGAAUUGUUGUUUACAAAGGUAGUAAAUGUUCCUGAGUAUCUGCUGGGUGGUGAUCCGUAAGAAUCGAAAAAUUCUCCCUCUUGCUCCUUGGUGAAAUAAAACGCCACCCAAUGCGAACCUGGCUUGUCACUCGUAUCCACAUUGGCGAUAAACAGGGCUGGGUAAUGUGAAACACUGGCAGGCAGCAGGUUUGAGGGAUACACGCCUUGAAACACACCUCGUGUAAAUUUAUCCUUUCUCAAAAUAAGGGUCAGUUGAGUAGUGUCCAUUUUUAGUUUGUAUAGUCGAACAACACGUUGCGGUUCCCGUCAACUUCAAUCACGUUUUGGAAUUCAGCGUACACGAUAAGGUUAACCGUAUUGGCCAGUGGUUCCUUGAAAUGAAGCUCAGCGCGCAGGUUACCUUGCUUUAUUAGCUCAAAAUGGUCACCUGAGCAGUGGUCUGGGGACAAGUCAAAGCAGAAUGCUGUGUAACCAGAGCCAUAAUCGCCUCUACUGAUCUGAUUACCCGCAUCUUGGGAUAACUUUCCAGUACCUGAGAACAGACUUUGAUAGCCCGCUAUUACAUUUUGACCUCCAGCUUCGUCAAAAUUCAAGAACAGGGGUUUCCGAGGAAUUUGCUCUCCGUCCACAUAGACACCCACUUGAGUUAGAUUGUGGUGUUUGAAGUUGAACGGGUUGGUACUGUAAGUUCCAUUAUAUGCCUGAGUAUCCACUAAGACCAGCACGAUUCGUUUGGGGAUGUGACCCAAAAAGAUGUUGUCAGGGUUAAAACUGCUAAAUCCUCUUGGAAUAGACAGCACUUUACAAUCUAUUCGGCGAACCGGGUACUUGGCGCUGGAGUGUUUUAGUGCAGCAGCAUGGCCAAGUAUAAUAGAAGAGGCCAAUUUCACCUUGCGAACGAACAAGAUCGCUUCUGUGAUUACCACCUUGAAAGUUGGAGCGGCUGCUGAUGACAUCAGACAAAACGAGUUCUUGGCUCGGUUCAGUUUGAUUCUUAAAUUCACUCCAUUUAGCAUCAACCGGUCUUGAAAGAAAAUGUCGCUAUGAAUGGGCCCCAUCAUAUCCACAAUAUGACUUUCUUUAGUGAAAUCAUAGCGAACCUUUAACCCCUUGUUUGCGGCAUCGUCUGCAGCCACAGGGUUGGCAACAUCCAUUUUUCCAGGAGUAUCAUUGUAAAACAUGGCCAUAGAAAGUUGACUUGUUUUUGCUUCUUCUCCGUAGUUUAGCAAGGUUUCUAUCAUGGCGCGAUAAGGGUAGGUAUUGGUGGAUGGAGAGAUCAAUCGCUCGUUCAAGGAAACGUCCACUUGCGAAAACAGGGAAUGUAAAAACAGGUUCACGGGACCUACUUGUGUAUCGGCAUCUAUGGCGGUUCCAUUUGCUUUUGUGAUCUUGGCUUUCACAAAUAACUGAGUACGCGCCAAGUCCAAAUACUCAUCUCCGGUUCCCGAAACAUAAAAUUCGAUCGGACCACUGUCCGUGAUGUUACUGAUGGGGUGGUACUUGAUCCAUUGCCCUUUGGUGAUAGAGGUUUGUGUUGCAGGAAUCGUAAAGAGAUCCAACUCCGAUUUCGUACAUUCCUGAGACUCGUGAUGCACAAAGGCCAUAGUUACUUCCAGAAAGAAAAUUUCUCUUUGGGCUUCUUUUGCUGCGGAGAUGUUUUUGCUUUCUUGCCUGGAGGCGAACUGAUUUUGGUUCCUUGCGCUUUCCUUUUUAUAGAUUUUUUGCCAGCUCCUGAUUGUUCCUGCAAUGAAUUCUGGGAGGGUAGACCGAGGGCUUGUUUCGUGCGCUUGUGGACUGCUGUUUUAACGUUAUCUCUAUCAAGAACAUCUUGGACAACAUUGACUCCUGUUUGUAAAGCCUUUUUUCCAAUCACCUUAGCACCCUGUUGAAGGUGAGGCAUCGCCCAGCGAAACAGGCCUCUGAAUAUGGACCCUAGUCCAUAACCCCGCUGAAAUCGAGCACCGUGAAACGCUGGUAAACUCCCACCUUUUUGUUUAGCUUGAUUAACGUAGUACUGUUCGUGCAACUUGUGAUUUGGAGUGUGGAGUUUUUUCAUCUUAAAAGUACUGAGGUGCACUUUGACGAAAAUGAAGUGUUAACAGCACUCUCCCAAACUCAAAUGGUACAGACUCCCCUGUGUCUGUCUUUAUAUCGACUUCGACAGUUUCAAAUUGCUUUCUGCUGACAGGUAAAUAUUGGGGGCGCAAAAACGAUUUACUGACCCGCUCCCCGACCUUUCCUUCUACAGGAACAAUUCGAAGCAAAGGUACCAAUGCAUCUCCAACAUAUUGUGACUGAAUAAGAUCACAGUAAAUGAAAAGGUCGUGAAAGCCAUACUCCAAAUCCACUUGUCUUUCAGCGGUAGAGGUAUUAGCAAUAAUUUUUUCUGGUGAAAAUCCCAGCAGGUAUCCAAUGUUACCAAAGAAAAGUUCUACGUUAUUUUGUAGGUGAAUAGUCACCUUUCUAGUGAACUUAUCGUAGGAAAAUGUUACAUCGUCAUUGAAACGCUUUACAUUCUCGAUCAGCCCUUUCAUCUUUGAUAAGAUAUCUUCAACGGAAGAAUAAUGACCCGGUGGUAUAAUUACGACCUCCCAUACUCCGGACAAUUCUUGGUUCCGAAGGAAGAAUCGAUUACCAAAAUUUCCUUGGACAUUAUUCCAGCUAUGAGGAUAAUGAAUUUCUGUUAACGCUACUUCCCAGUCCCCCGGCAAGCUAACGGUUUGAGGUAAACCAACAUGGUACUCCGUUAAUGUGUUGUUGGGAAACUUAUCGAGGCUGCUAUUGCUUGGAAGAUGCAGGUAAAACUGUGUUACCUCCAUCGUUUCGUGUGUUCAAAUGAACAUUUAUUCCUGGCGUUCUUAAUUUAUAACUAUACACAACAACAUUUGUUUUCAGUUAAAAUAAUCCUUUUAUUGGCUUCACACAAAAUGUCACAACUUUGAGAUAUUGCUUUCUGCUAUCCAGCUAUUAAACUUGUCUGGGUACCCUUUCCAUUUUACAAAGUAUUCAAGUAUUCCUUUACGCUUUCGCUUGCGCAAAAUCUUUUCAACGCGGUACACAUCAUCGUUCUUAAUUAUUUUCUGUAAUUCAGGUUCAUAAAACGUUCCAUCUAAGAUUUCACCUGCAUCAUCCUUUAGUUUGUAAACGGGUACUUGACGCGCCAUUCGUUUGUAUACAGUAAACAUUUCUUCCGUGAAAUUAGGCAGGUAAGAUUUUUCAAACAUUCGCUUCACUUUGCUGAUCCUAACACGAUCUCCCACUUGAAAUUUAAAACGCACGCGCUUUUCAACGUCAUUACCAUACAAAGUAUCCCACACUUUAGUUUCAUUCGCUUUAGUCACCUCACUCGGUUUCAUUUUAAUACUUCGGUGGUAAGUGUUAUUGUAAGAGGAUACUAGUUGGGGUAGUACAUUGAUAUAGGUGAGAGUGUUUUUAGCUGUGAAAUAUUUGUACAUCUUAUUUUUAAAUGUUCUGUUAAAACGCUCAACUACUGAGGCCUUGAGCCCAGAGUUUACAGUAAAAAAGUCAAUGCUGUGGUCACGCAGAUAAGUCUGAAACACUCGAUUAAGAAACUCUGUUCCUAGAUCCGUUUGCAGUUUGCUGGGUUUGCGACCAGUAGAAAGGAUCUUUUGAAAGGCUUUGACCAGUUCUUGACCUUGUUUUGACUUCAAAGGCAGCACCCACGCAUACUUGCUGAAGAUAUCUAUAAAAGUCAGUAAGUAUUUAUAGCCCUUGUUGUAGCGACUGAGAUUUUGAAGAUCGACCAAAUCUGCUUGAAACUGGGCAUCUAUUCCAGGAACGAUGACUCGGCUUCUCUUGUAGCGUCUUCGCGCGGGUUUGUGAAGAGUAUAAACAUCCUGCUGACUCAACCAAUCUCGGACUUGUUUACGCGAUAUCUUGUUCUUUCCUUUCUCUUUGACUGCUCUGUAAACAGCAUCUAAACCACCGAAACUUGCGGGUUGACUUGGGUCGAGGUAGAUGCUGGUUAGUUUUUUCUCCAUCACAAAAUUCCGAGUUUUGUACAACCACUUUACCACCGCAGCAAGCUAAUACACAACGUAUGCGAUUGAAAAUGUGUUCAAAACCAAAAGUGGAUGAUGGCGGACAGCAACCCAUCACUAGUGUUUAUCUGAACGGUAAAAGAUGUAAUGACUUCUCUCUCCCUGGUGCUCCUUUAUAUAGCUACUGUGGAAUCUGGGUGAGAGUGGGAACAAGAAGAUGAAAUAGCAGUUCCCAUUCCUCCUCAGUUAAUCCCAGCUGAUCCGCGAAGUUCAAAAAUACUACUAAUCGUCCCCAGUUCACUUUGGAAAAGAGUUCAGAAUGGAGUUGCUUUAAUUUUUCGAGAUUUGAGCCCUGUAGUUUAAAAAAGUUUUCUUUAAGCUUUUCCAUUGCACUUGUAGAUAUUGUUAAAUUUUUUGCUGUUAAGCGGUACCAAGAAAACUUGACCCGAAGCAAAGAGAGAGAAAGACCCAUCUUAACUAAGAUAAGGACAAACAAACACUGACGCAAAAUCAAAAGAUCAACUCAUUUUAUUACGUUUACAAACAAAGCUUGUUUUGAAUGUCAUUAAUUACAGAGUCAAUUUCCAUUGGUUCUUCGUCUUUUCUCACUACUUGUUUAGGGCAUUCUAUUUCUGCUUUUUGGUCGCUAAAAUCCUUGGUCUUGAGGCCAUUAGGUCCGUCAUGUAUAGCGCGCAAGACACGACUCUUAAUAUCACCAUCAAAACCAUCUACCUCAAGUGAAGCUAGAAAUAUGCUUGUCCAAGGCAUCUUUGGUAGCUCGCUGACGGACGUUUUCCACGACUGACCAAGCUUGAAACCGAGAGCCUUGCACACACUUUCAACAUUGUUCAGGACGGCAUUCAGGUCAAUUUUUCCCACCACAUCUUCCCGGUAGUGCAACCAAGAAUCCUCUUUAUCCAUCAUAAGACACGGAUGUUGUCUUUGACUAGGGUGCUGAAUAGCACAGCCGUGACAGCGAUUCAACUUUUCUUCUUGAAUUAGUUCGUCAACCAUAUUGGCGUAAGUAAGUUGGAAGAUAUGGCCGAUAAGACUUGCUAUCCUUUGCCGUUGAACUUGUUCCACUUCAUCAAUAGUCAAUAAACGCCCAAGUCUCGAAUCAACAUGAAUGUUUGAAACGAUCUUGUUUAUACUACUGAAUCUCGAGAAUGAUUUGCUUGGUAAGGAAUGGCCAUUUUAUGUGUUUCAGAACAACAGCAACAACUGGCAGGUUAAAAUAUACCAUGAUAUCAUCUUAUCUGGAUAAAUAUGACAUCAUCAUGACCAAGUAAGGACAUGAUAUCACUAUUCUAUUUAUAGAUUAUGAUCUGAACAUUUUUGAUGACGUCAACCCCUAGGUAUUGUGACGUCACUUGCUCCUUGCCAGCUAUAAAUAAACUAUGACAUCAUCCUAUCUUAAUGGAAUGCAUGACGUCAUCGGCUUUAAUUUAAACUAUGACAUCAUCCUAUCUUAAUGAUAUGUAUGACGUCACCGGCGUUAAUGUAUUCCCCCGAAAGUUAAUGGAAUUCCCCCGCAAAGAACCGGCGUAAAACAUCCCUCCUCCACUACCUCCGUGCAGAUGUUGAAACCCGUGGAGGAGGACAUGUUAUCAUUGCGACAGAGGAACAGCUAGCAAAGUUAACCGAGGCCAAACGGUGGUACGUGGAUGGAACUUUCAAGUUGUGUCGGCCACCCUUCAGUCAGCUCUUUUCCAUCAAUGCGUUCAUCCGGCAGGGUGAU